CUGAUCCUGCAGCAGAAGGACUUUCUUCAGAACUGUUCAUCAUGGAUCAAGUAAUGCAGUUUGUGGAACCCAGCCGCCAGUUUGUGAAAGAUUCCAUCAGGCUUGUUAAAAGAUGCACAAAACCAGAUAGAAAAGAAUUCCAGAAGAUUGCCAUGGCAACAGCAAUAGGCUUUGCAAUAAUGGGAUUUAUUGGUUUCUUCGUAAAACUGAUCCAUAUUCCAAUCAACAAUAUUAUUGUCGGUGGCUAAACACAUCAGGAAGACAUUCCUUUAUAUUGUGCAUGGUAAAAUAACAGAUCAUUGUGGACUUUUUGGCUCAAUUAUCUAUGUAGAUCUUCCUCUUUUAUUACUUGCCAAUAUAAACUAG